CUUUCGCCUGGAGUGAGAGAACAAGAGAAGCUCAGAGACCCUGAGAGGGUGGAUGAUUUACGGCGAUCUUCUUUUUUAAUAGCUGAGCCAGGCAAACACAAGCUAAUGUGUGGAAAAUUGUCGAGUCGGUCAUUUUUAAUAAUACUUAGUUAAUAAUACUUCCUGUUUGACUCCACAAGAUUAACUUCAGGGAAAGCUGACCAGAUUCUUUGAAUUGCCCCACGGAAGGGUCACGGAAGCUAUUGUUUUCCAAUAUUACAACAAUGACGUUGAAUCACACAGAGUCCUGGGACCUACUGGCAACAUUUCAGUCCAGUCAUUCUCAGCAGGAGUGCUGUAGACACCCGGAAACAUAAAAUAUUUAUCACUACACACCUCACCACGCCCAAACCCGACGACACCAAAGAUAGGCCGCAAAAAAGCGUAGGUCAAGCUAGGAGAGAGAAUUGAUUUUUCAAUUUGAGCACAUCUUCCUUUAGUUUGUAAAUACUUGCGUUGCCACUUUACAAAAUUCAUCCGGUACAGUUUUUAGUUCAGGUUAUAACCUACAAGAACAUUUAUAUGUAAACUAUUGUAUUUUCUAAUUCCUGUUUACACAAAAGUCUGAGAUAGAGAUGUUUUUGGAAUAAACAAGUAAUGACAAAAUUUAUAUGUACCGUUCACUUUAAGGAAUUAAUCACGAAUAACCGAGAUUCUUCGAAGAAAGUUCAAAACUUCCGAAGACAAGGAUCAUUGUUGACUCGUUCUCCUUUCUGUCGGGAACGAAAAAAAAUCUCUGAGUCUGUAAGCUGUGGCUGCAGAUGCUGCCAGCCACUGAGAUAACAAAUGAUUGAUUUGACCUUCGACACCGAAAUAACCUUGAAUACAACAGAUUAAAUGCAAUCAUAAUAAUGUCAUCACGAACGCAGCAACUUUUUCAACCUGACAGAGUUUUGCAAAAGAAGCAAUAUCAACAGGGGUUCUCUGGAAAUGAAGAGUUCCAGAUAAGCGUUAUGUUUUAUUUGACAAGCUGGUGAACAGCAGCUUCUAAAUGAGCGCGCAUCGUAUUACAAGUGCUUGGGUGGAAUCUCCUUGUCACUACCGCAAAUGCCAAGAAUUUUAUUUUCAACGGAUCAGAUCACUGAAAGCGAGUGUUGUGUCGUAAUGAGCAUGGCCGCGGUGAACUGCGCUAGGAAAGUUUUAAGACGGCGAACAUUUCGCAUGUGUUCGCUGUAAUUUCGCUGCGGAAUUCAACAGGAAAUCGAACUGACAGCUUGAGGUGCGGAGUUUCGUAACUCGAGCUAAAUAGCACGGCAGAACUCCGCGAAUAAUUUCGAAUUUUCGCGGAGCAAUUUGCGGACACAUCACAGAAUAUGAGGCAGUAUUUGAGGAUAAGCCGAACUGUCUACAGAAUCCCAACAUGUGUUCUUAUCUUUCUCGUCGUCUUCAGUUGCGUUAUACGCUCAGGACAACAGGAGACAGAUGAUCCUUAUUCCUUUACAACAUUAUUUCAAGGUUUAGAAGGUGACAAUGUACGAGAGAGAAGAGCGGCCGAGCAAGAUGACGUUUUGGAGGGAAGUGGUCCGGUGACGCCUGACGAAGAUGCACCUGUGAUAGUGGUCAGUGAACAGAAGAAAUUUGUAGUCAAAAAAGUCGGCAGACUGUCCGUUGACGUAGGGUCAACAGUAUGGGCUGUAAGAGGAACCGAAAUUGCCGUAUCAUGCAGAGCCAGCUCGCCAUCUGGUAUUCCCACCAAGAUCGAGUGGCUCAGAUCGUAUGGGGUUCCUGUGACAGAGAGAUUCCGAGGUGGAGUGGGCGCUAGAGAAGGAACUUUAACGAUUCGUAAGUUAGGUCGGUUUAAUGAAGGCACGUACACAUGUAGAGCGUCAAACAAAGCUGGAUACACCACGGCCCUGUUCACCGCUAAAAUUAUUACUGCAUCUUUGCCCACAAUACUCAAAGGCGAAGGUGACUUCUCAUUUGGACCCAAUGAUAAAGUGGCCGAGAUCACGAUAGGAAGUGAAGUCACAGUUUACCCUGGAACAAAGCUUACAAUCCGCUGUCCCGUGGAGAGUGCGGUCAGUUUUAUCGUUUUCUGGACUAGCCAGGGAAGGCCUGUCAACAUUGGAAAUGCACAAAGAGUCGGAAACGAUCUUGUGAUAACAGACAUCGACAAAAGAUACGCGUUGGAAUAUGAAUGUAACGCCAGGGCCGCCAGAGGGAAAGUCAGUGAAAAGUCGACUGUUCGAGUUAAAGAUUUGAACCCACCUCGCAUAAAACAUGGUGCAAGGGAUUUACGAUUCAUAGAAGAAGAGCUCCCCGAGGUCGAAAUAUACGUUGGGUCCAAACUCACUGUCAUCUCCGAGACCCAGAUAACAGUGCGCUGUGUGGUCACAAUGGAUCCAGCCCCGGCUGUCAGUUGGAAAAUUCAAGGAAAGGAUUCCGGCUUCAGGGAUGAUGUGAUACUAAGUAAAGACAACUCGAGCCUAAUUAUCAGUGAUCCUGGAGUUGAAGACUCGGGGGUUUAUACCUGCACGGCCAGUAACAAUGUCGGACGGGACUCGGAGUCUUCAAUUAUCAAUAUUUUACCUCCCAAACCUCCUAGAAUAAAACACUCCAACCGGAAAAUAACUUCACUGGAAAACCUGGACGUUGUUGAAGCAAAAAUUGGUGACGAACUUACUUUGUUGGCCGGUGCUAAUGUGGUGAUCACGUGCCCUACAUCCGGGCUACCAACUCCGACAGUAAAAUGGCUGAAAGAUGGUGAAGACCUGUCUGUCAAUGGGAGUAUACUGACGAUCAAAAAUGCCAAAACUGAGGACUCGGGCACGUUCACCUGUGAGGCAGUGAACAGGGCUGGUCGAUUCAGCUACAACAGCGAGUUUCGUGUCAUUGCCGGUGAGAAGCCGCUAAUAGAAACAUCGAGGGGACUUGUUAUUGGCCGUAAAGAGAUCGAAGAAGUAGUCGUCAAGAUUGGGCAGUAUUUGCGGGUAGUUGAAGGAAUGAUCGUUCGUCUUGAGUGUCCAGUUCGUGGAUUUCCGGCACCCGAAGUGUCUUGGUUUCUGAACGAUCGAUUGCUGAAGACAUCUGGACGGUUCUUGGUUGACACUCGCUCCAACUGGCUGAUUGUGGACCCAAUACAACUGGAGGAUACAGGCCAGGUGUCGUGUACGGCGAGUAACAGUGCAGGCAGUGCCAACGCGUCUUCGUUUAUCAGCGUCAUAGGUGAAAGCAGCGCUCAAAUUCAGUUUGGAAACAGCUCUAUCGAGUCAAUUAAAGGGAUUACGAAGAUUGCCAUUGAGAUUGGGGACAGUUUACACGUGCUCUCGGGAUCAGACGUAUCUAUAGAUUGCGUAGCCCGCGGGACUCCUCGUCCAGUAAUAAACUGGCGAUGGAACGGCCGCGAUGUGAUCUCAGGGUCGAGAGGAGGACAAUAUGCUACAACAGACAUACCUGACGGUUCUCGCCUCAAUAUCUGGCAGAUGCUCGCGGAGAAUGCUGGUCAAUACGAAUGUGUUGCUACCAACACCGGUGGAGAAGACAGAAUAGCAUCCGCCAUUACUAUAUUAGACGCUACAUUACCGGAAAUAGAAAUAUCGACAUCGUCCGUGAAACAUAUACAAAACUUGAACCCAGUCUCUGUCGUAAUUGGAACACGUGUCACAAUGCUACCAGGUGGUCGCCUGGAGAUCACGUGCAGUGCAUCUGGAAUCCCUGAGCCCUCGAUCAGUUGGCUGAGACGAAACAAACAGAUUACGUCGUCUGGAAGGUUCUCUAUUGUCAACACAACUCUCAUUAUUUAUCCCAUAGAGCUGGAUGACAGGGGUUCCUUUACUUGUGCUGCGAACAAUACUCUAGGGCGGCAAACGUAUUCUACUACGUUGGACAUAGUAGAGCCAAUAAAGCCCAGAAUUACGAAGACUGGAAGGGAUAUGAAGGUAGAACUCCUCGUUAGACUGUCAGAAGUGGUCGGAGGUAACAUACUGUGUAGAGAUGGUAUCGAUUUGGAGUUGACUUGCCCUGUACAAGGGCUGCCUACACCAAAAAUCAAUUGGCUGCGAGGAGACAAGAAAGUUGGUGCAGGUGGAAGACUAAAGCUUGGCAUUUUGAAGGAGGAAAGUUCUGGAAAUUAUUCUUGUGUCGCGACCAACAUUGCAGGAGAGGCACGAAAAACAACCCAACUGACUGUAAAAUCUUCCAUUCCACCUGUGAUCCAAUCGAGUACCAAAGUGAUCGAAUCCUAUGAGGAGGACUUGUAUCUGGCGGUGGAAAUUGGAACCCGUUUAGAAGUAAUCCAAGGGGCUAAAAUUGAUCUCAUCUGCCGCGUCACGGGAUUCCCGACUCCCAGUGUUAACUGGGUCAAAAGGAACUCACCUUUGACAGCCAGUUUUGAGCGUCAAGGAUUUUUCAUUGUUCCGUACAACGGCACAAGCACCACACUACUCAUCCGAGGAUCCCAGCCGCCUCAGGAAGACGAAGUCUAUGGCUGCACAGCUUAUAAUGGCGGGGGAUCUGACACGGCCUUCUCAUACGUGACAUUUAAAGAGCGUGUUGCGCCCAAAGUGCUAUCCACUUGGCUUACUGGCUCUGUUGGCGUUCAAGAGUCGCUUGAAACUAGAGAUCCUGUCAAGGUUAUUCUCGGUGAAACUGCGCGAAUGUUUACGAGAACAAAGGUGACGAUAGUGUGUGAAGUGGAAGCCAUACCCGUGGCGAAGGUCACGUGGACCAAGAAUGGAGGGCCUAUUUAUGCUAAACACAGCGUAAACGGCACGAAUUUGGUUCUUAGUGAACAAAGUGGUAUUUCUGACUCGGGGCGUUAUGCCUGUACUGCAAGGAACCUCCUUGGAAGAGACUCUGCUUUUUCUGAUAUCACUUUUAUAGAACCAAUUCUACCAACAAUCAUAACAGGCGAAUCGUCAGUAUCAGUGCUAUCUGCAACGAAUUACAGAACAACAAUUGGCACCAACAUAACAACAGUGAUCGGAAACAACAUUACCUUCGUGUGUGUGGCAGAAGGUCUUCCCAGACCCGAAGUGUCUUGGUGGAAAGACGACCUUGAUCUGAACGUUAACGAGACUUCUCAUGUUGUGUAUGCAAGCGGUACGAAUGCCACCGGGGUCUAUUCGUGCGUGGCAAGCAAUCUUGGAGGCUCCUUUACGACCAGUUCCACUAUGACUGUUCUUGAUCGCAUCGCACCAGAAAAAGCAACACGACCACGUAUCAUUACAACCCGCGAAAAUCAAGAGUCAGUCGGCGAACGAAGAACAGUCGAACACACUGUUGGGGGAAAUGUGACCAUUCUAGAAGGAAGGAACCUCCUGUUAAGGUGCCCAGUGGAAGGGGUACCAACACCGUCCACAAGGUGGCUCUUUGAUGGGAUUUCUGUGCAAGUGACUGAUACUCUUCAAAUUAAUGACGACACAGGCGACUUGAAGAUCAUCGAGAUGACCCAGGAUGACGUAGGGGAGUAUUCUUGUGUUGCUACAAACAUUGCUGGUCAGACUGUGGAGGUGUCGUAUACAACUGUUAUUGUGCCGACAUUUCCAAAUAUUGAUUCGUCAAACAUUUCAGUACAAGUGUUUGACCCAACUCGCCAACCUGUCAGCGUAAAGAUAGGUAGUCACGUGACCACGUUAACGGGAACACCUGUCACUAUCACCUGUGAUGUCACGGGAUUUCCUGAGCCCAGGGUGAGCUGGAUGAAGGGUUUCACCUCUAUCACGGGAUCAGAUACGGAGCGCUUGAUUGUGACUGAAAGCAGAUUAAGUCUGCUGUCAUCUGGCGUCUCUGACUCGGAUCAGUACAUGUGCACGGCGUCUAGCCCGGGUGGACAAGCAGCCGUUGUCUCGAACAUUACGUUCGUCGAAUCUGUGAAGCCACGAAUUUUGUUCUCAACAAAGGCUCAGGAGAUUCUUCAACGCCUCUCAAUUAACAUAACAAUUGGGGAAAAGCUGACGAUUCUUGAUAAGAGCAACGUGACAAUAGAAUGUACAGCCGAAGGGGUCCCUUCUCCGUCACUGUCCUGGAGCAAAGAUGGCGUUAAACUGAACAGUUUGCAAACCAACCUACUGCACCUAAGGAACAUCGCACGGGAGGAUACAGGACGCUACACCUGUACAGCUGAGAACUUUUUAGGUUUUGUUAGUCAGUCAACACUGCUUUCCGUUAGAGCUGGAAGAAAGCCAUUCAUCAAUUCGAAAAGCCAAGGCGUUGUUGUCGAUGACAAGGUUAAGGGCAUCAAGCUGGAUGCUGGUAGCAACCUUACUUUGGUAGCAGGAUCGAGUGUGACUAUCACAUGUGAAGUGGACGCCGUACCUGAGCCUACCAUAACUUGGCUGCAGAAUAAAAAGCAAGUGGUUAACAACGUCAACAAGACCUCCUUAACUGUAGACAACCCAAGCCGAGUCAAUUUACAAACUGUCUCAUGUACUGCUGCCAACAUUUUAGGGUCUGAUUCUAAAUCAAGCUACUUUACAAUACUUGAGCCUUCCAAGCCACGAAUUAACAUUCACGAGGUACCAAAAUCCAUUGAGGCUCAAAACCGAAGUCCCUUAACACUGAACAUUGGCGAUGAACUAACAGCCCUUACCAAGACAAACGUUACCAUUGAGUGCCCAACCAGCGGUGUACCAAGACCUACAAUCACGUGGACAAAAGAUGGACGAAUACUCCGUGAUGAUGGCAGGUACACGAUUCAAAUUGAUGGAUCAUUGGUGAUAGAUGAGGCCAAGGUAGAAGACAGCGCUCGAUUCACGUGUAAUGCCGACAGUAUUAAUGGCCAAGACAGUGCAUCAAGCGCGGUGCAGAUUGUUGAACCCGUAAAACCUGUUAUUGAGGUUCCCAAAUAUGGCCAAGAUAUUCCUCUUACUGAUGUGGAUGCCGUGACUAUGAACGUUGGUGAUAAUGUGACAGCAGCUUCAAACACUACCAUCACCAUUAGAUGUCCAGUGAGUGGAGUACCAACACCAGCUGUUACCUGGCAGAAAGAUGGUGUACAAAUUAUUGGAGGAGACAAGUUUUCCAUGACGGAUGACAACAGUCUGGUUAUUAAUGACGCGGAAAUAAAACACAGUGCCAAGUACAGUUGUAUUACUCAAAACGAGUUUGGGAAAGAUGAAGCCUCUUCCACGGUCAGAAUAAUAGAGCUUUCCAAGCCUAUGAUCGACAUUCCAGAACAGCCACGUACUAUAGAGGCUCAAGACAGAAGUCCCGCCACGCUUAACAUUGGCGAAACCGUGACAGCGCUCACUCGCACAAUCAUUACCAUUCAGUGCAACACCAGCGGUGUACCAACACCAACUGUGACGUGGACAAAAAACGACCUACGGAUUCCCAGUGGUGAUCGACACACCGUUGAGGACGAUGGUUCAUUGCUGAUUGCUGACUCAAGAGAAGGCGACAGCGCUAAGUACACAUGCACUGUCACUAGCGUUGCUGGUAAAGAUAGUGCAUCCAGCACUGUACAAAUUGUAGAGCCCUUAAAGCCAGAGAUCGAGAUUCCUGAGACUGGACGAGAGAUUCCCGUGGGUGAUGGCAGCCCAGUAACUAUGACAAUUGGUGAUAACGUGACGGCAGCUUCAAACACCACCAUCACUAUCAGGUGUCCAGUUAGUGGAGUACCAACACCAGUUGUUACUUGGGAGAAAGAUGGAGUGCAAGUUUUUUUGAGAGAGAAGAUUGAUAUAGCCGAUGACAACACCCUGGUGAUCAAAGAAGCAGAGGUACAAGACAGUGCAAAGUACACAUGCAUCGUUGAAAAUUCGUUUGGGAAGGAUGACACUUCCUCCAUUGUAAAGAUAAUAGAACCCUCCAAGCCUGUCAUAAAAAUACCUGGUAAGCCAACGACAAUAGAAGCUAAAGACCGAAAUCCCAUCACUUUGGCCAUUGGUGAUAACGUGACAGCACUUACCAAUACAAGAGUUACCAUUGAGUGUCCUACCAGCGGCGUACCAACACCAUCGGUUACGUGGAAGAAAGAUGACCAGAGCAUCCCCACAGGUGGCCGAUACACUACUAAGAGUGAUGGUUCACUGUUGAUCGCUGGUUCAAGAGAAGAUGACAGUGCUAAGUACACAUGUACUGUCAUUAGCGUUGCGGGUGAAGACAGUGCAUCCAGCACAGUGAAAAUUAAAAAACCUGUUAAACCGGUGAUCGAGGUUCCUGAACCUGGGCGUGAUAUUCCUUUUGGUGAUGACAGUGUAGUGACAAUGAACAUUGGUGAUAAUGUGACAGCAGCUUCAAACACCACCAUCACCAUCACGUGUCCAGUGAGUGGAGUACCGACACCAGUUGUCACUUGGAACAAAGACGGUGUGCCAGUUGUUGAUGGAGGAAGGAUAAAUUUCGCGGAAAACAACACUCUAGUUAUGGAACAAGUGGAACUGGGCGACAGUGCAAAGUACACUUGCAGUGUUCAAAACUCAUUUGGAAAGGAUGAAGCUUCUUCCAUUGUUAGGAUAAUAGACCCCUCCAAGCCUGUUAUUAACAUUCCUGGAACACCAAAGACAAUAGAAGCUGAAGACCAAAGUCCCAUCGCCUUGUUCAUUGCCGAUAACGUAACAGCACUUACCAAUACAAGCAUUACCAUUCAGUGUCCCUCCAGCGGUGUACCAACACCAACUGUCACGUGGACAAAAGAUAACCAAGAAGUCACCGACGAUGACAGGUACACAGUUCAAGAUGAUGGUUCAUUGUUGAUCAGUGAAACUGAUGAAGAAGACAGCGCUCGAUACACGUGCACUGUAGACAGUGUUACUGGUGAAGACAGCGCAUCAACCACGGUACAGAUUAUUGAACCCACCAAGCCAAUGAUCAACGUUCCUGAAUACGGAAAAGAGAUUCUCAUUGGUGAUGGCAGUCCAGUGACUAUGAACAUUGGUGAUAACGUCACAGCAGCUUCAAACACUACCAUCACCAUCAGGUGUCCAGUUAGUGGAGUGCCAACCCCAUCCGUUAUUUGGCAGAAAGAUGGCGUGGAAAUUGGUGAAGGAGACAAGCUGACCAUCCUGGCUGACAACACCUUAGUUAUUAAAGAAGCUGAUUUAGAAGACGAUGCCAAGUACACAUGUACCAUUCAAAACGCGUUUGGAAAGGACGAGGUUUCUUCUAUCGUCAGGAUAAUUGAACCCUCUGGGCCUGUCAUCAAGGUUCCCGAUAAACCAACAAUAAUCAAAGCUCAAGAUCGUAGUCCAAUCACGUUGAGCAUUGGUGACGAUGUUACAGCACUUACCAACACAAGCAUUACCAUCCAGUGUCCUACCAGCGGUGUACCAACUCCAACUGUCACCUGGACAAAAGAUGGUGAACAAAUCCCCAAUGAUAGCAGGUAUACAGUUCAGGAUGAUGGUUCAUUGCUGAUCAGUGAAGCUGUUGAUGAAGACAGUGCUCGAUACACGUGCAUCGCAGAUAGUAUUAUUGGUAAAGACAGCGCAUCAAGCAAGGUGCAGAUUGUUGAACCAUCCAAGCCUGCGAUCAAUAUUUUUGGGACCCCAAGGACGAUCGAAGCGAAAGACCGAAGUCCCAUUACCUUGAGCAUUGGCUAUAACGUGACAGCACUUACCGAAACAAGCAUUACCAUUCAGUGUCCCACCAGCGGUGUACCAAGACCAACUGUCACGUGGACGAAAGAUGGCCAGAGCAUCGCUAGUGGUGGCAUGUACACAGUUCAGGAUGAUGGCUCAUUGCUGAUCAAUGAAGCUUUUGAAGAAGACAGUGCUCGAUACACGUGCACUGCAGACAGUGUCGCUGGCAAACACAGCGCAUCUAGCUCGGUGCAGAUAUUUAGGCCAACCAAACCAAAUAUAGAAGUCCCUGAAACCGGGCGAGAGAUUCCCAUUGGUGAUGGCAGUCCAGUAACGAUGAACGUUGGCGAUAACGCGACAGCAGCUUCGAACACUACUAUCAUCAUCAGGUGUCCAGUUAGUGGAAUACCAACACCAGUUGUUAUAUGGGAGAAAGAUGGAGUCCUACUUAUAAACGAAGAAAAGCUUUCUGUCAGAGGAGAUUCUUUACUAAUAAGAGGAGCGGAGGUAGAAGACAGCGCAAAGUACACUUGCAGAGUUGGAAAUGUGGCCGGACUGGAUAAGCUGUCUUCUAUCAUCAAAAUAAUAGGUCCCUCUAAACCGAAGUUUGACAUCUCUGCCAUUCCAAAGGCGAUACGAGCUCAAGACCGAAGUCCCGUUACCCUGACUAUUGGUGAUAACAUAACAGCACUUACCAAUACAAGCAUUACCAUUCAGUGUCCCACCAGCGGUGUACCAACACCAACCGUUACGUGGACAAAAGGUGGCCUAGAAAUCUUUGAUGGGGACAGGUACACUUUCCAUGAUGAUGGCUCAUUGUUGAUCAGAGGAACUGAUAAAAAAGACAGUGCUCAAUAUACGUGUACAGCAGCCAACGUUGCUGGUAAAGACAGCGCAUCAAGCACGGUGCAGGUUGUUGAGCCAACUAAACCAAUGAUCGAGGUCCCUGAUACCAAACGAAAUAUUCCCGUCGGUGAUGGCAGUCCAGUGAUUAUGAACAUUGGUGAUAACGUGACCGCAGCUUCAAACACUACUAUCACCAUCAGAUGUCCAGUAAGUGGGGUACCGAAGCCCUCUGUCUCUUGGAAGAUGGAUGACGUCCAAAUGACUGAAGGAGAUAGGUUUUCUAUUACUGAUGACAGCACUCUGGUUAUUAAAAGACCGGAAGUAGAGGACAGCGCCAAGUACACUUGCAGUGUUCAAAACAAGUUUGGGAAAGAUGAUAUUUCUUCUCACGUCACGAUAUUAGAACCCUCCCGGCCUGUAGUAAAUAUUUAUGGUACACCAAAGACAAUUGACGCUCAAGACCGCAGUCCCAUCAGCAUGACGAUUGCUGAUAACGUGACAGCACUUACCAAUACAAGCAUUACCAUUCAGUGUCCCUCCAGCGGUGUACCAACACCAAGUGUCACCUGGACAAAAGAUGGUGAAGAAAUCACCAAUGAUGGCAAGUACACAGUUCAGGAUGAUGGUUCUUUACUGAUCAACGAAGCUUUUGCAGAAGACAGCGCUCGAUACACGUGCAAUGCUGAGAGUGUUGCUGGUAAAGACAGUGCGUCGAGUACAGUGAAGAUAGUUGACCCUGUCAAACCAGUCAUCGAGGUUCCUAAACCUGGACGAAAGAUUCCCGUUGGUGAUGGAAGACCGGUGACGAUGAACGUUGGUGAUAACGUGACAGCAGCUUCAAACACUACCAUCACCAUCAGGUGUCCAGUUAGUGGGGUACCAACACCAGAUGUAACGUGGAAAAAGGAUGGAGCACGUGUUACCCAAGAAGAGAUUCUUUUUAUCACAACUGACAAUUCUUUGGUCAUUAAAAAUGGAGAUGUAGACGACAGUGCAGAAUACACUUGUAGCAUUCAAAGCAACUUCGGAAAAGAGGACAUUACAUCCGUUGUGGAGAUAAUCGCGCAUAAGAAGCCUGUCGUUAAAAUAGCUGAACAGCCAAAGAUGAUAGAAGCUCAAAAUCGAAGUCCAAUCACCUUGACCAUUGGCAAUAACGUGACAGCACUUACCAAUACAAGCAUUACCAUUCAGUGUCCCACCAGCGGUGUACCAACACCAACUGUCACGUGGACAAAAGAUAACCAAGAAAUCCCCAAUGAUGGCAGGUACACAGUUCAGGAUGAUGAUUCACUGCUGGUAGAUGAAGCUGGUGAACAAGAGAGUGCUCGAUACACUUGCACCGCUGGCAAUGUUGCUGGCAAUGGCAGUGCUUCAAGCACAGUUAACAUUGUUGAGCCAAUUAAACCAAUGAUAAAGCUGCCCGAACCUGGACGAGAGAUUCCCGUUGGUGAUGGCAGCCCAGUGACUAUGAACAUUGGUGAUAACGUGACGGCAGCUUCAAACACUACCAUCUCCAUCAGAUGUCCAGUGAGUGGAGUACCAGCACCAGUUGUCACCUGGCAGAAAGAUGGAGUCCCAGUAACUGCUGGAGGGAAAAUUUCCCUCAUAAAAGAGAAACCGCAAUUGAUCAUCCGAGUAGCUAAAGGAGUGGACAGUGGAAAAUAUUCUUGCACGGUUGAAAACAAUUUCGGGAAAGACAGCUUAUCCUCCAUAGUCAGAGUAAUGGGACCUUCUAAGCCUAAAAUAAAGAUUCCUGAGAAACCAAGGACGAUAGAAGCUCAAGAUCAAAGUCCCAUCACUUUGACCAUUGCCGAUAACCUAACAGCACUUGUCAAUACAAUCAUUACCAUUCAGUGUCUCACCAGCGGUGUACCAACACCAACUGUCACCUGGACAAAAGAUGGUGAACAAAUCCCCAGUGAUGGCAGGUACACAGUUCAAGAUGAUGGUUCAUUGCUGAUCAGUGACGCUAGUGAAGAAGACAGCGCUCAAUACACGUGCACUGCAGAUAGUGUUGCUGGUAAAGACAGGGUAUCAAGCGCGGUGAAGAUUGUUGAGCCCGUUAAACCCGCGAUCGAUGUCCGCAAGAUUGGAGUUAAGAUUCCUGUUGGCGAUGGCAGUCCAGUGACUAUGAACGUUGGUGAUAACGUGACAGCAGCUUCAAACACCACCAUCACCAUCAGGUGUCCAGUUAGUGGCGUACCAACACCAUCUGUUACCUGGCAUAAGGACGGAGCUCAAAUGUUUGAACAGGAUAGAGUAACAUUCAUUGCCGAUAAUAAUUCUUUGGUUAUUGAAGUAGCAAUGGUGGUGGAUAGUGCAAAGUAUACCUGUCGUGUUCAAAGUGUGUUUGGAAUGGAUGAGGUGUCUUCUCAAGUUACUCUCAUUGACCCAGUGCGACCACACAUUGCGUCUUCACUUGGAGAUGUAACGUCAUUUAGUCAAGAUUUAGUGAACAUUACCAUUGGACAAAACCUUCUCACCAUAAUCGAUACUAAGUUGUCAAUUCAUUGUGAGGCAAGUGGUGUUCCUGUUCCUAAGAUUGCUUGGACCAGAGGAAACGAGACUCUUCCUUCAGAUGGUCGGAUGAGUGUUCAAAACGGAACUCUCGUCCUAGUUGAAAUGGAAACUUCUGACAGUGGAAACUAUACAUGCACCGCAGAAAAUACCGCAGGAAGAGCUUCAGUGUCUUCAAACGUAACCGUUGCAGUUCCUACACCGCCAGAAAUCAUUCGGAAAGGAAUUGAAGAUGUACAAGUUCUUGAGCCGAAAUCAAUAGAGGCUGUUAUUGGAAGCAGAGUUCUCACAAUCAGUGGGAACAAUGUGUCAAUAUCUUGUGGUGUCAGAGGUUUUCCAACUCCAUCCGUUGAAUGGACUAAAGAUAGUGUUCUGUUGGAAGCGGAAGGAUCCAUUUUAAGCCUAUCAUCUGUAGACUCUAAUGACACUGGUUGGUAUACGUGUACGGCAACAAGUCCUGUGGGUUCGUUCGAUUCGCAGGGUACAAACCUGUUAGUAAUAGCCAUUCAGCUUCCCAAAAUAAUAACUAAUAAAGAUGACGUUGAAGUGCUCAAGAUCGAGAACAUAUCAGUGCCCGUCGGAGGUCUAGUAACAACUCUAGCUAGUAACAGAGUCAGUAUGGUUUGCGAAGUCAGCGGAAUUCCAGCCCCUCAGGUCACGUGGGAAAGAGAUGGAGUGGAAGUGCAAAGGGGCGGCAAGUUCUACACUAUAGACAGCACCAGUCAUGGCGAUAACGGAAACUACAGCUGUAUUGCUAGAAACAGUGCUGGAGAAGUCAAAGCGACAUCACAACUUAAAAUCCUGGCUGGUUCAGCUCCUAAUAUCAACGGAUCACGUGACAGCAGGGUUCAUCUGAGAAUCGACUUCUUCGCAAUAACAAUUGGAACCAAUCUGACCACACUGGCCAGCUCAGGACUGGAAAUCAGUUGUCCUGUCACUGGAUUUCCCAAACCUUCUAUUCAGUGGUAUCGAGAGGGUGUCCCUGUAGAGCCUGGUAUGAUGCUUAAUGUGGAAGAGGACACAGGGACACUAUUUACACUAAGUAUAUCUCAUCGGAAAGGAGGAGAGUUCACGUGCAAAGCCAGUAAUCCAUUGGGAUCGGACAGCGCUUCAUCUUUUGUUACUGUACUUGGUGAGAAUGGUUUUUCAGAAGUUUAUAACGAUAGCUGUAGACGGGGUGUUCCGUUAUUAGUAUUGCGUGUACAAACGCCUCACUUAAGAAAAAUCUUCAUAUGGCAACCUCUGUUGUUUAUGAGUGAUGGACUCAGUGCAUGCUGUUUAUGGUAGUUCUGUGACAUCACUUGAGGGGAAAUGUAUGUAAACGUGGUUUAGAAUUCUCCA